AUGCAGGCUGAUAAGACGGUGUUGAGUUUGAGACCUGGAGGAGGUUCCCGCGGAGGAAGCAGAGUUUUUGGUCAGCGUUUCGAGGCGGCAGCGGUCAAUUUUGAUAUCCCGGUGUUGCGUCCCCGUGGCGUUGGCGGCGCUCCUUCCUUAAAGACUGGCGAAUCCCGAUUUGAGAGCCGUGAGCGGAUCUGUUAUACCCGAGAACAGCUGCUGCAGCUAAGGGAGGUGGUCAACAUCUCUGAGGAAAUUCUGAAGGUUAAACAAGAAGUUGAAGCUGAAUUUUCUGGUAUUGAUCCAAGCUGGGGUCAUGGAGAAAGCAACGUUCCAAAUCAGGCUCAGGGUCGUUAUUCUGAAACAGACAACCGUGACUGGCGGAAUCGUUCUGCACAAUUUCCUGUUCCUGGAGAGGAGAGACCCUGGGAAGCUAUUCGAGACAGAGACUUUGGUGGCCGGUUUGAUUCAAGGCAAUCAGAAGUAAACCAAUACAAUAGGCAAGAGCAGCUGAGCUCACAGUUUGCAAGAUUGCAAAACCAAGGGGGAGGACCUACUCCUGCUCUAAUCAAGGCUGAGGUGCCAUGGUCUGCUCGAAGGGGACGUCUUUCUGAGGAGGAGCGUGUAUUGAAGACCGUGAAGGGUAUACUGAACAAGCUGACUCCUGAGAAAUUUGAUCUUUUAAAGGGUCAAUUGAUAGACUCUGGGAUCACAACGCCUGAUAUCUUAAAGGGAGUCAUCUCCUUGAUAUUUGACAAGGCUGUGCUGGAGCCCACAUUUUGCCCCAUGUAUGCACAACUAUGUUCUGAUCUAAAUGAGAAGCUCCCCAACUUCCCUUCUGACGAGCCUGGUGGAAAAGAAAUCACAUUCAAACGAACCCUUUUGAAUAAUUGCCAAGAGGCAUUUGAAGGGGCUGGCAAAUUGAGGGAAGAGGUUAGGCAGAUGACUGCUCCUGAGCAAGAAUCAGAACGAAGGGACAAGGAAAGGUUGGUCAAACUCCGCACACUUGGAAACAUACGUCUAAUUGGGGAGCUUUUGAAGCAGAAGAUGGUUCCAGAGAAGAUUGUUCAUCACAUUGUGCAGCAACUCUUAGGACAUGAUACCAAGAGUUGUCCAGCAGAGGAGAAUGUUGAGGCCAUAUGUCAGUUCUUUAGCACCAUUGGUAAACAGCUCGACGAGAACCAAAAAUCAAAGCGUAUUAAUGACAUGUAUUUCAAUAGCCUGAAGGAAUUAUCAACAAACUCUCAGCUAGCUGCACGACUGAAGUUUAUGAUUUGUGAUGUUAUUGAUUUGCGUGCAAAUAAUUGGAUUCCCAGACGGGAAGAGGUGAAAGCCAAAACCAUCACUGAGAUCCACUCGGAAGCUGAGAAGAAUCUGGGGUUACGUCCAGGUGCUACUGCUAGCAUUAGAAAUAGCCGAUCCGCUUCCGGUGCUCAAGGUAGCAUUAGCCCAGGUGGCUUCCCAAUGAAUCGGCCUGGUGCAGGUGGUAUGAUGCCCGGAAUGCCUGGAACAAGAAAGAUGCCUGGGAUGCCUGGGAUGGACAAUGACAACUGGGAAGUUCCAAGGUCUCGGUCAAUGCCAAGAGGCAAUGGUUCAACAGCUCAACCUGCUGGCCGUGUUCAACCACCACUAUUUGGCAAGUCUCCAUCAUCGAACCAGGGAUUUCUACCUCAAGGUAGUGGUAGAACUAGUGGCCUCUUGCGGGGUAGUGGUGCACCCUCUCCUCCUCGCGCAGCUAAUUAUGGAGGAUUUGGUAUGGAACCUGUACCUCAAGCCCCUGCCCCAUUUAGACAGGCUUCGCCUGCAUCAAUUGCACCAGUUAAUGACAUGCCAGUGGCUCCUGCCCCAAGAUUGAAUACAGAUGAACUCAAGAGAAAAACAGUCUCCCUUUUGGAGGAAUAUUUUGGCGUACGACUUGUGGACGAAGCGUUACAAUGUAUUGAGGAGUUGAAGUCGCCCUCUUACCAUCCUGAAAUUGUCAAGGCGGCCAUUUCCCUUGGAUUGGAGAAAAGCCCUCCGUGUGUGGAACCAGUAACAAAACUUCUCGAGUAUUCAUUGGCCAAGAAAGUCCUUACUCUCAAGGACAUAGCCACUGGAUGCCUCCUCUACAGUGCACUGUUGGAUGAUCUCACCAUUGAUUUACCAAGAGCUCCAGCAAAUUUUGGUGAGAUUAUUGGGGGACUCGUUUUGGCCGGUGUUUUGGACUUCAAGAUUGUCGCUGAAAUCCUGAAAACAGUGAGCGAUGACUACUUCCAAAAAGCGGUAUUCUCCUCCAUAAUGAAGAUUAUAAGCUCAAACCCUACAGGAAAGGGAAUAUUGGAUUCACAAGCAUCUGAUAUUGAUGCCUGCCAAAGCUUAUUUUAG